AUGCAGGAGGAGGAGGAGGAGGAGGAGGAGGAGAAGAGAGAGAGGAGGAGGAGAAGGGGGAUGAGAAGGAGGAAGAGCAGGAGGAGGAGGAGAGAGAGAGGAGGAGGAGGAGAAGAGAGAGAGGAGGAGGAGGAGGAGGAGAGAGAGAGGAGGAGGAGAGAGGAGGAGGAGGAAGAGCAGGAGGAGGAGCAAGAAGAGGAGGAGGAGAAGGAGAAGGAGGAGCAGGAGCAGGAGGAGGAGGAGGAGGAGGAGGAGAAAAAGGGGAAGAACUUUAUCAUAAUAAAGAAGCAUGUCUAA